CACACUUGAAUAUGGUGCAUUCAAAUAUGAUCACCCCAAGAAACACCAUGAGUAUGAAGUGGUUUGCAUCUUUAUCUGUUUUAAUUCUUCUCCAGGCUUCCAAGACUGAGAGUCAAGAUGUACGAGUGAAGCUUUGUGGUCGUGAGUUCAUUCGGAUGGUGGUCACAUCAUGUGGAAGCUCUCGACUCAAACGGAACGCGCCUGAUUCGGACCUUCACUUUGCAAACCCUCAUAGUAGAUUUGCCUUCUUCAGACAUUCGUGGAAUUUACAAAACAGAGAUCUCGUUGCGCACCAGAAAGGGACCCUGACUGCUGAGGACGAGCGUCCAGCCCCCCAUCAGCACACAAGCCCACCAGCAGAGCUUCUGGAACACUCCACCACUGUGCAGGACCUCAGCAUGUCCUCCAGGACCCGCCGUGAUGUGGGGCCAGCGGGAGUCUGCUGCACUUCAGGAUGUACCAUGAGUGAACUGAUUCAAUACUGCUGAGGACGGAUAUAGAGCUCAGAUGUCUUCUGCCCUCAAGUCCUUCUGAAGCUGCAUGUGGUACUUUAAACUAUGCUUCAUUAAACACUGUAUCUAAGUUACCAUUAUGGUAACAUGGCUUCAUUUGUGAACAUUAGGUACCUAACAUGAACUAAAAAUUAGAAUACUUCCAAAGCAUUUAUUUAGUUAAUUUUAAGUUAAAAGUGAAUUUUAGCAUUCACUUAUACACUGUAAUAAUAAUUAAAAAAAAAAGUUGUAACUGUUGAUAAAGCCUAUGAUUCAACAGACCUGAGCUAACAUGAACUAAAAAUGAUUAUUUUUUAUUAAUAAAUACUGUAACAAAUGUAUUUCUCAUUGUUAGUUGAUGCACAAGUGAGAUUUACUGUGAAAUGUUACCAUCAUUAUUAUUGUUGGUGGAAGAUAUUUGUAUAAAAUUGAGUGAAUAUAGUGUUAUUUCAUACUUUAUACUAAAGCUUGUUAUAUAUUAUA